AUGYACGAACAUUUAUUGACACUUUCUCGAAAUUUAAAGAGUUAUUUUCCAUGUGGAGAAGAAAAUAUUAAAAAUGCAAACUUAUCUUCUACGGAAAAAGAACACUUAUUAGAAAUAUCAUCAGAUACCAUGUUAAAAUCUAAAUUUUAUAUGUCUGAAAAUGAUUCAUUUUGGAUUUCUUUGCAAAACGAAUACCCAGAAGUGAGCAAAAAAGCGUUGCAAAUUUUGCUUCCUUUUUCAACAUCAUAUAUGUGUGAAUCAGCAUUUUCGAUAUUAGAAGURACGAAAACCAAAAAAAGGUCAACGCUUAAAGAUAUUGAAAGYGAAUUACGCGUAAGUUUGUCAACAAUUCGCCCACGAAUUGAAGACYUAUGUUCAAUUCGCCAAUCACAAGUAUCGCACUAA